UAAGUUAGGUAGGUAAUUAGUAAGUGGUCUAUUACAUUUCAUCCCAUAUCAUCUCAUCUCAUCUCAUUUCAUUUCCUUUCAUAAUAUCCUAUUUCAUAUAAAAGAGUUUUCAUUAAAAUUAAAAUUGACCUAAAGGUCUUAGUUACCAAGUCAUAAAAUCCCUUAAAAACUAAGUAGGUAGUCUAUAUUCUCUAUAUUGUUCGUGAUUGUUGUACCUACUUGUGAUUCGAUUGAAGAUUAUUUUGUUUUGAAAAACUAAAGAUAGUUUAGCUAAUCAAAUAAUUUGUUUUCCAAUAGUGAUUAUAUUUAGCGACGAUGUCUUCUAUGGAUUUUGGUUUUUGAAAAUAACCGUUGUGUUUCUGCAUUCUAAAAAGUGAAGUGACGCGAGCCAUUGUGUAAACCCAUCAACAAGUUUGUGGAUAAUUAAUACUAGUACUGCAACUUCUAAAACCAUCCUUUUCUCCUUUUUUGUGAUGUUCCCGCAUUUCAUCCGCGCGGAAGAAGAACAGAAGUCGAAUUUGAUACCGAGUGUGAACCUUUUACACUCAAAGAGAAAAGGAAUAUUCAUACACCCCACGGCUAUGUACAGAAAUAAUUUAUGGUGUAGUAUAAAUAUAAAUGCACCGAUAAUAACGAGCCUGUUGAUCGGAUAAUUUGAACAGAAUAAAAUCAGAGAAAAUGAAACUAUUGGAAAGUGGUCGUUUGGAAGCAUUAAGCAGAGCUCUGUCUAUUCUGAAUGGCGACAGUGCUGUACAAGGCCGCGUUGAAAGCUACAGCUGCAAAAUGGCUGGCAGUGAGAAAGCUUUCUAUAAGAAGUUUACUGCUGAUGGAGAAACUACUCAUAGUCUUCAAGCAUUGUCUCCCCCUGAGAGUGUUACUUAUAGCCGGAGCUUGUCUGGUGACGAAGACGGUGUGUUAUGCGACACCAUUUCAAGGAAAACAUUGUUUUAUCUCAUUGCUACAUUGAAUGCUGCUUUUCCAGACUAUGAUUUCUCCAUGGCAAAGAGCAGUGAGUUCAGUGCUGAACCGUCAUUGAAUUGGGUGCAAAGUGCAGUUGAUGCUGCCUUAUCUGCAGUAGGUGGUGUGCGUUGGCGCCAACUGCGUCCAGUCUUGUGGGCUGCUGUUGAUGAAGAAGUGCUCCUACCAGAAUGUCGUAUCUACAGCUAUAAUCCAGACCUAGCUACUGAUCCAUUUGGUGAACCUGGAUGUCUUUGGGCUUACAACUUCUUUUUCUACAAUAAGAAGUUGAAAAGGAUUGUUUUUCUCACUUUCAGAGCUAUAAGCCCUGUUUGUGCAGCCGACUCUGGUGUUGAUUUUGCCAUGGAUGAAGAUGAAGAUUACAACUGAUAAACUCUUGUUUUUAAUCAAUGAAAGUGUUUUUCCGUUAUGGAUAAUCCAUUACUAGGUACAUAGAGUACAUAGAUUUUAUGUGAACUACUAUUAUAUACAGUUGGAAAGAAUAUUUAUUUAUGGAAAUAAAAGCAAUAGAUACUUUUUUAAUGUUUAAGACAUAAGAUUCACACAACAAUAUAGAUCAAAAUAUUUAAGUAUGUACAAUUCCUAUUUGUGAAUUCAGGAAAAGCAUAAAGUAAUUGUGUGUUUAUAGUCUUAUCAUUUACUUGAUGUUCAGUAAUUACAGUAUUGUAGUAUCUUACAUUUGAUAAAAUAAUAAUUUUGAUAAUGACCAAAAUUUUAAAUAUUCUGGAAUUGAAGAAUGAAAUGAUGCAACUAUAGAAAAAAAUGAUACCUUGGUUAUAUAAAUUUGACUUUAUGUCUAAAUAAUUAUUUUAUCAUUUUGACUCUUCAUAUCGUGCACUCAGUCAAAGAGCAACCAGCAAAUUAACUUUGUCUAAUAAAUUCAUAUGCAAGCGAACACAUUGGACUUGCACAUAUAUUAUACACACACCUAUUAUAUUCUAUUACAGUUUAAUCCUAUGAGAAUGGGUUGCAAUCGACCCACCGACAGCAUUGAGAGCAGUAAAAUCUAAUGAAUUAUAUAACUUUCUUCGACUUUUAUGUUAACUAGUGUGUUCCAAUUACAAUUCUGUUCAAUGAUAGUCCUUUGUGUCCUUUGUUCAUUUAAACAGAGUAAUUAAUAAUUACAUUAAUUGAACAGAUAUUUUCUUAUUCGCUAAUAAAAUUAUUGGAUAAGUUGAUUACCUUCUUUAUUUUUGUUAUUUUAGAUUUAAUUAUAUAUAUUUAGGUAUUGGCAUAAUUACUAUCAACAAAUAAAAAAAUAAAGAACUAUAAUAUAAAUAUCUUAAAAUGACCAGCAUUCAUUAUUUUAUAUAAUAAUACUAAGACAUGUUUUGAUUUAAAAGAAAUAUAUUAAAUAAUUAUUGAUAUAAACAUUACAGCUACCCAUAAUAGAAUUUAAUAUAAACUUAAAGAUUUAUACAUAUUUACUUUUUUUAAUUAAUACUUUCUCUAAAAUGUUUUGUAGAUAUUAAUUUUUACUAUUUUUGCUAAGUUAAAACAAUAACACAGUCGAUAUUGUAUGUACGCAGUAGAAGCACAUGAUAGCCGCGUCUGUCGUCUCUAGUUCUUUAAAGAAAACGUUUUGCAAGUAACUGGUUAUUACAUUUUUCACAUUUUUGUUGCGUUUUAUCUAGUAUUCUCUAUCCAUAAUUGAAUAUUUCGGAUGUUACAUACAUUAAUAUCUUUGUUAAUUCGAUAAAAAUGUUGAAAUUAAAUAACUGAUGUCGAACCUUAAGAUACAAAAAAAUAUAUUAUAAUUUGCAAAUUUUCAUAGCUCGAUAGUUUGUAAAUUACUAAUUCAGUGAAAUUUCAUGUUCUAUGAGCUUAAAACGGUUCUAAUAUUUCUUUUUUAAUAUAAUUAGUUAAUUCUUAGCAUAUUUUGGACAUAUCUGUAACACUAAAAUAAUUAUUAAAAAUUAUAUAAAAUU